CAUCGCAUAGUAGCGUUCCGAUUUGUUUUUGGCUUCGGUUUUUUCCCCUUUCUUUUCUACUACAUCUUUUGAAAGAAAUAGUUUUAGUGGUUGUUUACUCAAUUUAUUCUUAUUCACUAAGUUCAAUUCAAUUAGCAUUUUACAGUUUGUUCUUUCAGUUUAGCUAAAUGCUUCACCUAAGAAAGAAACGAUGAAAAAUCAUUCCGUAAAAAUUUCAUCCUGUUGCGAUAAAUUUCACUUCACUGGAAAUGCAGAUUCCAUGAAGCUUGCUUAUUUUUGCCAGCUCCCUACAAACAGAACAUUAAAGGCUACUUAAUGAAGUAUUGUUUUCGAUACAACUUAUCGAGUACUUCAUUUCAGCUAUAUAUUUAAACUCAUACAUCUUUAAAAUCAUCCUCUUGACGAGUCUUUUUUUCUUGCUUUCAUUGAGAAAAGAAUGAGACCUUAUGGGAUUUCCAGAAGUUCCCUUACUAUCAAUAGCAUAUGGAAAGUAAGAGGUAGACGACCCACUUUACGACGAACUUGUAAAGUUUACAUACCACGAGAUCUUCGAGACUUGGACACUCUGCGUUUACCAGCUACUUACGAAGAGGAUCAUUUUCUUGUGCAAAAACUUAAAACGUUCACGAAACAUAAAUUGCAUCAUUUUAUAUUAGUUGUAGUCAUCGCCUGUUACUUGUACGCUGGAGCGUUGCUCUUUCAGUUCUUGGAUACCAAAUGCGAAGUCGAAAAUUCUGGAAUGAAUGUUAGCGCCCACAGGGAAAUACUUUUAAGGCAGAUCUAUAAUGUAUCGGUUGCAAUGAUAGAAGAAGAAAGUGAUUGGAUGAAAACUCUGAAAACAGCUAUAGAGCUACAUGAAUCCAGAGUCCUACGGUACAGCAGCGAAAAAAGUGUCGUUGAAGAAGCAGGCACUCGUAGAAUAUUGAGCAUACGAACAUGCAUAUUCUUCUGUUUUACUGUAAUUACUACCAUAGGUUAUGGGAAUAUCUCACCCUGUACGGAUACUUUUAGAGCGGUUACAACGCUUUAUGCUGUGUUUGGUGUACCUCUGAUGAUUUUAGUUUUGGCUGAUUUAGGGAAGUUGUUCACUAAAGGUAUUAAGUUCAUCGUACGUCAUUUACAGAGAUUUUACCAAACUGGUACUUUCAGACAAUCAAAUCAAUCUGAUAUAACAGAAGACAAGCCUUUACAAUAUAUGACUGUAUCAUGGAGAACAGUAAAGCAAGAUAAGAUACCAGAUAAAACUAAAGACGACAUUUCUAUUCAAAACCUUGCAUCCGAAUAUCAUUACAACCAAGUGACAACAUUAACAAUUCACAAUGAUGAUUUAUAUAAAAAUCUUGAUUUCAUGAACCCAGAUGAGAAGAAUCAUAAGCAUGUGGAAGUUGAGGAUGACUUCACUCUGCCAGUUAGUCUGGCAGUGGCCCUAGUCUUAAUAUAUAUGGUUGUAGGAGGUUUCUUAUUUGCUCUAUGGGAGAAAUGGACGUUUUUCGAGGCAUUUUAUUUCGUUUUUAUUUCAAUGACAACUAUAGGAUUUGGAGAUUAUGUUCCAACUCAAGAGGAAUAUAUGAUGGGUGCUUUUGCGUAUCUUGUGCUCGGCUUGAUGUUAACUUCAAUGUGCAUCAAUGUGAUACAGGAGAAACUUACUGCAACAUUUCAAAAAGCCAGGGUGAGGAUAGGAAAUAACACUGUUUUAAAUGUAAAUGCUUUACUUCAAGAUGAAGGUCAUAAGUCAAGAACUCCGAAAUCAAACACAUGUGAUCCGCAGAAGUGUUAUGCUUUCAAAAUGGCUCUUCAUAAAGAUAGUUUUAGUAGCAUAGAACAAAACUCACUUUCCCAUAUGCGCCCAUCAAGGACACAAGUAAACAUAUUAGAAAAACUCUCUGAAAAUGAUACAAAAAGUGAUUCUGGGAAAGAAAUUCAGUUAAAAGUUCCUGUUCUAAACAGAUUUACAUUUUAUGAUUCUCCUUAUAAUACAAUACAAGAUGAAAAUGAUACGACAAAAAGUGCAGAUAUUAUGUUGAAACUUCCUAACUCAAAUUUUUCUGCAAAUAUAUAAAAUAUAUGUUAAACCCCACUAUACACAUCUUAUCUCUCUAGACAUAACACGAACACAAAUUUUAAAAGCAAGUUAUUUAUUAUUUGAUUACUAUUCAUUAUUAUUUGACUAUUAUUACUUUUUAACUAUUAUUCAUAUAUUUCGCAAUGUGGAACCAAUUAAGUUUCUAAUAAUAUAUGCAACCAAGAUUCAGUAUAAAAUAUAACUUUUAUUCUGUAAGAAAUAUUUUCGGAAAAAUAAUUCUAAGACAGUAUUAUUAGAUAACAACAUUCUAAAAUAAAAAAAUAUCAAACUACUAAUAAUUUAUUGCAGAAUUCUAAUAUUUUCCCCCCUCUCAAUAUGUGCAUUAGUAGAAGGAAUUUUAAUAUUUAAUCAUUCUACAUAAGGAGAAAAGUAAAUUAUAAUGAAAUACUACAUUAGUUUAAUGAUACUGAAACUAAUGAGAGAUUAUUAAAACCAAAAUUAAGAAAAAGAGUAAACGUUAUACAAACGCUUUUGUAAGUAUGCAAGUAAACGCACUCAGAAUAAAUUUAGUGUGAGCCUAGAAACACUAUAGAAAGAAAGUAUCUUCAAGUACAAAUUAUUAAGUUUUUAUAUAAAUGAAAAAAAGGCUAUCUUUAUAUAUUUAAAGCAUGAAAAAAUAUGAUGAGAAUGGGUCAAAACAAGAAAACUGGAAUGAAAAUAAACGGAAAUAUGCAGUUAAUUAGAGAGGGAAAAGUCCAAAUACAUCAGUUACGGAGAUAACAUAAAAUCUUAAUUGGAUACCUUUAAAAGAAAAAUUUCAUAAAAACUGCAUAGCAUGUGAUAAUAAGCAUCUUGUUUCUAUUAUGAUUUGAAGUUUCAUGUCGCUGAUAGAACUAACAUAGUUUAUGUAAUCGAAAGUUAAAUUGUAACGUUUCUUCAAAACGUUUUAGAAUAUUUAUAAAUUUAAUUGGUUUUAUAUUGUGCCCUAUUUCAUUAAUUAGAAAUAAAAUUUUUGUAUAUAAAUAUAAUAUUUAUCAGAUAAUAAUAAACUCACAUGUACAAUUUUUGUCCCUAUUGAUUGCCUUAUUGAUUUUUUAGCAGAGGGUAGUACGUUACAUCAAGACUAGUUGUUGGUUUCGUGAUAACUAAUAUCAUUUAAUCACUAUCUGCUAAAUGAAAACAUUUAAAUAUUUUUAGGUUUCAAAAGUUAUAAUAAAUAUUUUAAUUGUGAAUUUGAUGUAUGGCUUAAUCUGC